AGUGACUUGAUUGAUGCCGCCGCCAGGGCGAGAUGAAGCUGCACUGCGAGGUGGAGGUGAUCAGCCGGCACUUGCCGGCCUUGGGGCUCAGGAACCGAGGCAAGGGUGUCCGAGCUAUACUGAGCCUUUGUCAGCAGACGCCCGGGAGUCAGCUGCGGCCCCGCGCGAGGGGCGAGCCUGGCAGCCCGCGCCCCGCCUGCCUACUAAUCUCUACCAUGAAGGACAAGCGCGGGACCCGCUAUGAACAGCUAAAGGAAAACAUUGAGCAGUUCUUCACCAAAUUUGCAGAUGAAGGGAAAGCUACUAUCCGGUUAAAGGAGCCUCCUGUUGAUAUCUGUCUAAGUAAGGCCAAUUCUGGCAGUUUGAAGAGUUUCCUUUCAGCUGUGAGACUGGUUCAUAAAGGCUGUGAUAUCAACGCAUCACUUUCCACACUCACACCAGUGAAAACAUCAGAAUUUGAAAAAUUUAAAACAAAAAUGGUUAUCACUUCCAAAAAGGACUAUCCUCUAAGCAAGAACUUUCCAUAUUCUCUGGAACACCUUCAGGUUUCUUAUUGCGGGCUUGUUCGAGUUGACAUGCGUAUGCUUUGUUUAAAAAACCUUAGGAAGUUGGACUUGAGUCACAACCACAUAAAAAAGCUUCCAGCGACAAUUGGAGACCUCAUGCACCUUCAAGAACUUAACCUGAAUGACAAUCACUUGGAGUCAUUUAGUGUGGCCUUGUGUCAGUCUACACUCCAAAAGUCACUUCGGAGUUUGGAUCUCAGCAAAAACAAAAUCAAGGUACUCCCUGUGCAGUUUUGCCAGCUGCGAGAACUUACAGAUUUAAAACUUGAUGAUAAUGAAUUGAUUCAGUUUCCUUUCAAGAUAGGACAGCUAGCAAACCUUCGUUUUUUGUCAGCAGCUAGAAAUAAGCUUUCAUUUUUGCCAUGUGAAUUUAAAAACCUAUCCCUUGAGUAUUUGGAUCUUUUUGGAAAUACUUUUGAACAGCCAAAGGUCUUUCCAGUUAUAAAACUGCAAGUGCCAUUAAGUUUAUUGGAAUCUUCUGCACGAGCCAUACUAUAUAAUAGGAUUCCAUAUGGCUCUCAUAUCAUUCCUUACCAUCUUUGCCAAGAUUUGGAUGCUGCAAAAACCUGUGUUUGUGGAAGAUAUUGUCUGAACUGUUACAUUCAAGGAACUACUACCAUGAAUCUCCACUCUGUUGCUCACACUGUGGUCUUAGUAGAUAAUAUGGGUGGUACAGAAGCACCUAUUACCUCUUACUUUUGUUCUCUAACCUGCUAUGUAAAUUCCUCUGAUGUGUUAAAGUAAUAGGUGAUGCCACAAAAAGAAAUUUCAUUUAGUUAUAA